AGAGAUUUAGAGAAAACCCGUCAGAAUUUCCCAUGCCUCUUGCCUCACUGUCCCCCAGCAGAAGGUUCCCUCACCCCAGGUGCCCUCCGGGGCGGACCACUUCCGAGUUCAUCAACUGUCAGGAAAAGGCACAUGGCAUGAUGACCAGACGUCAGAGCUGGCUCCCGGUUGGGAUAUGAGUGGCUUUGCGGAGGAUGGUGCCUAAAUUAGGCUUUAUAAGUCAGCACUACCCGCGAGGUGGCCGGGAUCCUGCACACCAAGCACAGCUGUCUUCUCGAGGAGCCCUGAAGCCAGAGCAGCAGCAGGAUGUCCCAGAGGCUGGUCCUGCUGCUGCUUCUCCUCAUCUCUGCCCAGGGCGCCCUGGCCCUGCGGAUCUGCUCCUUCAACGUGAGGUCCUUUGGGGAAAGCAAGAGGGAAGACCAGGAAGCCAUGGGUGUUAUUGUACAGAUUAUCAAGCGCUGUGACAUCGCCCUUCUGAUGGAGAUCAAGGACAGCAGCAACACGAUCUGCCCUGUGCUGAUGGAGAGGCUGAACGGGUACAGUGGGCAGAGAAAUUCAAGGAGAGGCAUAACAUACAACUAUGUUAUUAGCUCUCGUCUUGGAAGAAAAACAUAUAAAGAACAGUAUGCCUUUCUCUACAAGGAAAAGCUGGUGUCUGUGAAGAAAAGCUACCUCUACCCUGACAAUCAGCAUGGAGAUGGAGACGUGUUUUCCAGGGAGCCCUUUGUGGUUUGGUUCCAUUCGCCUCACACUGCUGUCAAGGACUUCGUGAUUGUUCCCCUGCACACCACCCCCGAGACAUCCGUUAAAGAGAUGGACGAGCUGGCCGAUGUCUACCUGGACGUGAAACGCCGCUGGGAGGCAGAGAAUUUCAUUUUCAUGGGUGACUUCAAUGCCGGCUGCAGCUACGUCCCCAAGAAGGCCUGGAAGAACAUCCGCUUGAGGACCAACCCCAGAUUCGUUUGGCUGAUUGGGGACCAGCAGGACACCACAGUGAAGAAGAGCACCAAAUGUGCAUAUGACAGGGAAAGACUAUGUGCCCUUGCCCUCACAUCCUUAAAAUGGCCUACCAAGAUGGACAAGGGUGUUCACCGGGUCUGUCCCAUGCCUGCAGAGGGGAGGGACACAAGGUACGCCUGGAAGAUCUAAGAAAACAAGUAAAAUUAGUUCGUCUGAUUAGGCGCUGCCGUCGAGGGUGUCACUGGCAGUCUCUCUUUCCCCUACUGCCCACUGCUGCUGCUGCUCGCAAAAAUGGGCAGCAACACUUGGCCUCGGUCAGAUCCUGUUUUAGCUUCCCUUAUGGUUGGUUCUUAUGAGCCAUUCAAGGGGAAAAAAACAAUUAUUAAUGACAGAGGACGACACGAACAUUCAACCAGGGAUUCCAAACGACACAGACAAACAUGAAAGACACAAACAAUUACCGACCUAGUCCAGACUUCCUCCCCGACUCCCUUCUGACCGAGCCUCCAGCUCCUAGGUCAGCCAUAGGGAUUUCCCGGGGUCGGAGGGCAUCUCCUUCCGACCCCCACCCACGACCCACCAGCGCGUCCGCCUAGGUCCCUUGUCGGUCCUGACUACUCAGCGUACUCCAGAAAACCUUGUCUCUAGUCACUCCUCCCUCAGUCCUG